AUGUUUGUGAAUUUUGGAAGUUCAAAGGUUUGCAGAUUGACUUGUGAAGUACGUGAAGCAUCUUCAAGAAUGGACGAAGAUGCUGGAGGAACAAGCAGUGAAGAAAACCGUGGAAGCAGUGGUGUUUGUGAAGAGCACUCGUUUGGAAAAAUACACACUUUUAACUUAAAUAUUUAUGAAUAUGUUAGAUUAGUUAAGUGGCUUAAAUUUUACGAAAUGUGGAUAAAUGCACGGAUACUAAAUGUAGAGGUUCGGGAUCCCUCUAAAGAUGGCCAACUAUUCCAUCCAGAUUUGAGGAAUUUUCCUUCGCUUAGAUCGUUGGCCAUCUCCGACUGUCCUAGUUUGACUUCACCUCCAGGACUGCAAGAUAUCAGUACAGUGCUGCCAUCUCUCUAUUCAAGCGUGCCCUACGCUGGAGAAAAAAAUAGAAGCCGAAGAGGGAUGGAAAAUGGCAGAAGAUGGCUCACCGUUCGCAAAUUUACAGUUCACAAUUCGGAAAAUAACUUGGCAAAUGUCACGAGAUCAAAACAAAAGCUUAAAUAUAAUCUUAGUUCUGUGACACCUACUAUCACUUGUGUUUCAGUAAUGCUAUUUCUAAAUUGCUCUGUACUACCAACAGUCUUCAUGACAUAG